GUGUAUUUCGCGUGAGCAAGAGACAAACGGAACGAUAUGUGGUUAUUUACAUCUUUGGGGUCCUGCGCGAUCUAGAGCGAUCCUUGGUCACAAGCCGAUAAGUCGAUGCCGGUUAACUAGUAAGCGUCAGAAUAUCACGGGCAGCUCCCGGAGAUGGUUUAAAGUUUAGUUGUCGUCUGGUUCUGGCAGUGAACGUUUGCGUGCUGGAAAACUGGAAGUGAAUUUUCCCUGUUAGUGAAGGUGUUUAAACGCGAGCUAGAAUUUUAGUGUUAGCGGCUAAAGUGUAGUAUAAGUAUAGCUGAGUGGAGGAUUUUAAUUGAAUUUAUGGAACAAUAAUUUAAAAUCAUUGUUCAUCAAUGUUGUGUUUUGUAAAGAAAACAUCUAAUGAAAAACUAAUGAGAAAAUGCUUCGCAUUGAAAACAGUAUGUAAUCAAUUUGCUUUAUUGAAAUCAACAAAAAAUAUACAUAUGAGCGACCAAUUCCGUUCAGCGUGUGAUGAGGCAGUUUUCUAACAGACAAAAGUGUAUUCUCCGAUAAAUGAAAACCACCACUAACUAGGAACUCGUGCCUAGAAAAACAGAUCCUCUCACCGGUCAUCGGAUCUGACUGUAGUUGGGCGGUCCUAUAAGAGUGCCGACAGUGACAAAUAGAAGCUGCGAGCGUUUAAAAUUACUGCGUGAAAUAUUUCGCAGAACAGUGAAACGACCGUUAGUCAGAAAGGUGGCGUUGUAAUAGGACGAUCUUGCUGCUAGUGUUGCAUUUAGUUACUUGUAUAAUUUUUACCCCCAGCCGUAAGGGCUGGACGUUUUCUUGUGUUUUUUUUCGGCGCUAUUGAAGAAAACAGUACAAAAAAGAAACACUCUGUUUGAAAACAGAAAAAAGUUCACCAUCUUACGAGGUGAACGGACCGGUGUUAAGUUUCGGGACGUGUCUCGUGCUCCGUAGUGUACUCCACAUUGUGCGGUCGUUAAACGGCGGCUGUUCGGAUGGUAGUCGGAAGAAGCGACCCACUCACGAUGGUGCAGGAACUUCCGUACAACGUACCUGAAGAGCUUUACAAUCUUACCCAGCUGGCCGACGUAUCGAUAGCGGCGGGUAAGCUGAACACAGACACCAACCGUUACAGCCCAUCGGUUUCACAUGACACAUACUACCUUCAUCAAGGAACGACCAAGCUAUACAGUCCUAUUAAAUACAACAUCCUACGUCACUGUGACUCAUCCGCAAAAAUGAUCACGAACGCAACGCCGCUAGCUUCUGCAGGCUUUACAUCCUCCUCUUAUCACACGUUGCGACGAAACGAAACAGCACAUGCAAUCUUUUUCGAAGAUGUAGAUAAGGGCUACGUCACAAAACAACACCUCUACCCGGUAGGAGAACCGAUGGAUUUGCAUACACUAUCGUCAUCCGACGACACACUGAUGGCAGCAGUACCGGCAAAAAAGAAAUGGACCAAAAAGUGGGAAAUAAUCCAUGGUUCGGUAAGUCCGAGCGGUCCGUUCGUUAAUCAGCUACAGCAACAACCGGACGAACCCCUGUACGUCGUUCGAUCGCUCCAGGUAGAGCAACAUCCAGCCACACAUGUUGCACCGUUGGUACCGAGUGUGUCCGUUGCUGUUGGAGAUAAUGAACGGUCGGGUCUAAUCUAUUACGCUCCGACGAUAAAGCGCGUUGAUGAUGCAGAUGAUACGGAUUGCCGGAAGAAAGGUGAUAAUGAGUUGCAGCUGUACACUAUAAUAGGAUGUCCUGAGCUUCCAGAAACCGUCAGUUGCUUCGGCAACGGCCAACAGCAAGCUGCAGCGCUCACACAUUCAUUCAGUGGUUCAUCUUCGUCGGAGGAAUCGCAAGAUUCGGCACCGACGGUGGAAGGCUAUUCUCAUAAAGUGUUUGAUCGCAAAAAAUCACGCAAGAUACGUACGGUAUCGUCUAGAAGCAGUGGCAGUACGGUGAGUGCAGCCCCGAGUGUGCCUGAAACAGACGUUAUGUCUCAGGAACUGAUGCUUGUGCCAUUGGAGGAAUCAUACGUAACGGCAGCCCGAAGUAAUAGUGAGCUUGAGGAACCGCAGGAUGCUAGUAACGAUGUUGAUGAUCACGAUAUCAAGAGCAGCGAGGAAACUACAACUUCUCGCCCGGAGGAUGUUCAUGUAUGUCCCGAGUGUAACAAACGCUACUCUACGUCAUCAAACUUGGCAAGGCAUCGUCAAACACAUCGCUCUCUGGAAGAUCAGAAAGCUCGGCGAUGUCCAUACUGCUCCAAAGUGUAUGUUUCGAUGCCGGCGUACUCGAUGCACGUAAGGACACACGAUCAAGGCAGCAAGUGUCCUACUUGUGAUAAGCGCUUCUCCCGGCCAUGGUUACUACAGGGUCACAUUCGCACCCAUACAGGCGAGAAGCCUUUCAAGUGUAACGUGUGCAACAAGGCAUUCGCGGACAAGUCUAAUCUCCGCGCGCACGUACAAACACAUUCUAACACCAAACCGUACCAAUGUGGACGCUGUGGUAAAUCAUUCGCAUUGAAAUCGUAUCUCUGCAAGCACGAAGAUUCAUCCUGUCUAAAAAAUGAUAAGCCGCAGAAAGUACGUAAGCCCACGAGCGGUGGCCGCAUUCGACGUAAACCCUCCAGGAGUGAUCAUACGGAAAUGAUCACUUCAUCUGCAGUAUCGGAGGAAAGAUCGUGUACCACUCCGGGGACUAGUAGUGUAACCUCGAGUGCUAUGGAACAACAGGUGAUACUAUCGUCCGAUAGUCGGUAUAGCUACCCUUCCAAUGUACCCUUCAAAGAUGUGCUACGAGCCAAGAUCCGGGAGGUAGUUGAGGACAAUUGUAAGCGGACGGCUCGGCUUCGGGCAGCCACCAAUGCUUCGCAAUCAAGUAAUCCUGCACGUGAAGCCACUCCGCAGAGCAAUCGCAUCAGUGUGAUACGUAUUGCAGGUUCUCCGGGAGGAUACACACUGGAUGGGCCAAAGACGUCUUCAAGCGGCAGUCCGGAUAGCUAUGCCGUGAUUGCGUAGAACGAAGCGAAAUCUCUUGCGUAUUUUGUGUUGAUCUCCUGUGAAACUAAGUAUUUCCCUAUUUUGCUCUUGUGGGCAACUGACACCGAUCACCUACAGUACAGUUGCCGGUAAGAGAAGAAAUAUUUAUUUAGAUACGAUAUUUUUAAUUGUUGUAGUAUAGUUUAAGCUUUGAUUAGAUUCUCUAUCAAGUAAGACUUUCGUUUAGGCUCCUUAGCGUUAGUGUAUGGGACUAGCGUGUAAGAUUAUUUCUAAGUUAAAUUAAGCUGAUUACAAAAUUUCAGACACAGCUACAAUCCAAAGCAGUAGGGUUAGGUUCACUGCAUAUGUCAGGCGAGCUCCAACAAAAUGGUUCUUGCAAAACUGUUAUGCAUUUCGGACAAACUUCGUCUAAACGAAACGACCUCCAGUAAUAUUCCGGCUGUCGAUUAGGAUAAGUUCAAAUCACGUAGUAUAGAGAAAGCACAACGUGUGUGUGUGUGUUUAGGUUUAUAGCACAUAGAUGUUUGACAACAUUUUAUGAACAGGACGAGAAUGUUCUAGUCUGAUUUUGUUUUACUUUUGCCCAUCUUUUGCUUACUGUUGCUGACUGCUUAUCUUCGCUUUUGGGCUGGAUAGAUUCACUACAUAAUGCAAUUCAUAAUUAAGUUUUCCUAGGAAUAGUUUUUUUAAUUUGCAUAUUUUAGCAGGUAUACUUUAUUUAUUUUUCUUCACAUCAUCAAUGCAUAUUAUGUUCGUAUGGUUCAUCACAUCCAUAGAAUUACAUGUUACAAAUUAUUGUAUUUUUAUAACGAAAGCUGAAGAGGUGGUGCUAGAAAGUAAGGUGGUGUAUGUUUUUCAAUAAACACUGUUAGCCAGUGUUUAUUGGUUUUAAAAACACUACAUGUUUCAGAUGCUGGGAAAGCUGCAAUGAUUUUCAUCAACUAAAAUAGAAUUAAGCCCUUAAAUUGCAAAUCAUAUGAAGGAUAAAAACAUUUUGAAUUUAUUUUCAAAAAAUCUUCUACGAAGUGAUAGAACUGCUAGCAAUGUAAGAUUUACAAGACAUUUACAUUAUAAGUGAAUAAAAGUUGUACGAUUUGUAAAAAAACAUUAUGCAAUUUUGUUUUAUUUUUUAACGUUCGAAAAUAUUGAUGGUUUGUCCAUUAAUGGUUUAUCAUUCCGUUUUUGAAAUGUUAAUAAAAUCUUAAAAAAAAAUUCAUUUUUAUUCCUCUAUUAAAGAACUUACAUUAAUACUAUUUUACAAAACUAUAUUUUUGCCGUUAAUACAUAUACUAAUGCCACGUUUAACCAGUCAAAGAACGAAGUUCGUUUUCGUUGAAUGUCUCCGCCAAAGAUAUACAAAUUAAAUUGUUCUAUUGGUAGCUAAGGGAACUUGUGGGAAGGUAUAUUUUCCUUGCUAGGAUGCACUACCCUUGAA